AUGUGCAGUGAGGAGGAGAUGGUGUCUCCUUACUGGUGCAGAAGUGGCCCCGGGGCAGUCCUGUGGCCUGACUCCCACCUCCCCCACACACGUAGAGCUGGUGUGGGGCAGAGGCAGCAGCAGCCCCAGCUGGAUGCCCCGCAGCCACUGCUGCUGCUGCGUCUCAUCGUGACACAGUGCCAGGCCGUGGUGCCCACAGUCACCACUGGCUCUCAGUGUGUGGAUCUAAUGCAUUUACUCAGCUUCCGCCCCCCUCCUCGUCGUAACCCGGUGUCACCCAUCCGCGCACCACCGUUAAUUGUGGAUCAGGGCAGAAGAAGAGGAGACGGGGGCGGGAAGAGGGUGAAGGGGCCCAGACAGAGGCCAAGACACAAGAGCACUCCACUCAGCAUCACUCCAAAGAGAAAUGAAGGGGACAAGUUAUCAUGUGACACCAUCUCCACCGGGCGUAAGUUUGGACUCAGAAACCUGCUGCACACAUGGAUCUGGAUGCUCAGGUCGUGA